AAACUUCAGCAUCCAAACACUAACUGUAAAGCUGAGGAGCUGAGGGGUGGAGAGGGAGGGUCGUGUAUAUAAACAGACAAGCCGCAGGUAGCAUCACGUCACUCCUGAAAACUUCAAUGACUCGCUGAAAAUCUCCAAAGCCUUCUCAUAUGAAUCUGUCAGCAUGGCUCUGGACACGGGUGGAUUCCAGCUGCUGCUUCUCCUCUGUUUUGUGCUGAAGAGCUGUGGAGAUCUUCAUAACGAUGCCACUGAGACAUUCAACACACACAUCACCUCCACUCUGCAGCAGAGUCCAAGUAAUGUGUCUUUAAAUGGAGCGCGCAUUGGCGGGAGAAACAUGGAUGACCAGGCAGAAACGGACCGGGGUCAGCUGGGCUGCAGGGAACUUAGGUCCACCAAAUACAUCUCAGACGGACAGUGCACGAGUGUGCAGGCUGUGAAGGAGCUUGUGUGUGCUGGUGAGUGUCUCCCUGCACACCUGCUGCCCAAUUGGAUAGGCGGGAACUACUGGGGACGGAAGGACACCCGCACAUGGCGUUGUGUGAAUGACGUCACUCGGAUGCGUCGCGUGAAACUGCGGUGCCAUGAUGGCAGCACACGCUCCUACCGCAUCGCUGCAGUGACAUCAUGCACGUGCAAGCGACUUGCACGCCAACACAACGAGUCUAGAUCUCUGCAGGAGGGCAAAAAGGAGAAGAUUGGGGGCAAAAAUUAAUGGUAAAAGUUAAAAGACCCCCUUUCUUUCUUUCGUUAUGAACUGAAACAUGUAAUUAAGCUAGGUCACUUGAAGGUCACUGACCUGUGAGUGACCGGUGAGUUGAGACAACACUGCUUGAUGUGUAUUCUUGUGUACACUAGUGUUUAUGUUUGUAAGUGUGUAUUAUGGGUCAGCUGUAUGUGUUGUAAUCUAAGGUGCAAUUGUCAAUCAACAAGUAUCUCCUUGUAAACUUUUAAAGGAAGUCAAUAUAAAGAAUGUUUAUUCCAGGUCAUUUUAAAGUAUUUCUAUGGGUCCAUUCAUCAAUAAAUUUUGGUACAGUGUGAGAAACAGUUUGUCUGUUCAAAUUAUGUAGUAAACUAAAAAUAGGCAAAAAUUGAAAAACGUGUUUCAUGGAACAGUGACAAAAUAUAUAAUUUUGAAGCCUAGUUUUCAGCCAGUAGGCAAAAAAGAUGCAGAAAUGUUGGACUUGGAUGUUUUAAAAUCAAGUUAAUGGCAAAAACCAACAUUGGACAAAAGUUUUGUUUGAAAAUCAAAGUUACAUCAGCUUAAAAAAAUAAACAUUGGGUUUGCUUUGAGUUUUAUUGAAAAAAAAAAUUGAGUUGACAUCAAAACCCAACGUUAGACGUUUUGGUUGGAAAUCAGUCACAUAAACUUCAAAAACAUUUGUAUAAAAACACUGUUCUGACACCAAAACCCAACAUUGGAGAGAUGCUUUGGUUCAAAAUCAAAAACAUAUUUGGUUGACAUCAAGUCCCAACAUUUGACAGACAUUGAAUUUUGAUUAUUUAACAACAUUUUUUAAAACCAAUAACAUAUCAACUUUAAUAACAGCAUUAUUCAUGUUGUUCAGCAUGUUCAUUAUGAAGUUUAGCAGAUGUUGGGUUAUGGUCACUAUACUUCACAUCACAACUAAAUGUUGGAUUUAACAUCAGUAUUAUGUUGGCAUUUCAGGUUUGGUCAACAUUUGAUUUUGGUUCUUAAACAAAUUAACUUAAAUACUUCAGCAAAAUACCAAAAUCAGUUCUACAUCAUAUUAAUGUUGGUCGGGUAAAGUAGAAGUAGCAGAUCAAGCAAAUGUUGUCUUGAUGUUGAAUUUGGGCAGCUGGACAGUGUAACUGUAUAAUAUUUGUAUGUUAUGUUCAGUAUUUUAUAUAACAAAUAAGUACUGUAGUUUCUUGUUACCUUAUUACUGAAUAACUGUAAAACAAUAAUCUAUAACACUGUUAUGCCCAUUUUAAUCUUAGUUUUAUUAGGUCUAGACUCCAUUGUUUGCAUUAUCUAAGUGCAAUAAAAGUGGUAGAUUUUUU